GUACUUACGGCUGCACUUGUUUGCUUUGUUUUGUGGGCUGGGACAAUGAGGACAGGGCCGUCUUAGGAAAGAUUUCAUGAUUAAUUGCAAAUCCGUCUUCUUUGAUAUUAGUGUUUACCACAAGGAGCCGGCCAGUACGGAAAGAACUUUAAGCCACUUUCCAAAACUAGUUACCGUGUUGGUUUGUAGCAGUUAGUGUCGCAGAGACGUCUGGAGGCAUUUUCGGCUGGAUAUGCAGCAGCUCUAACGUCAAAUGAACAGCAAAUCGGUUUACAAGAUGAGUUCAACGGCAGACGAGACCGGAGGUGGAAGACCUCAAAAAACUGGGGGCAAAGACCACAAAAAGCCCACAGCCGAAGCCUUGAGAGGAGCCAUUCAGCUCGGCAUCGGGUACACGGUCGGCAAUAUGACCUCCAAACCAGACCGAGAUGUUCUCAUGCAAGACUUCUAUGUCGUCGAGAGCGUCUUUCUACCGAGUGAAGGCAGUAAUUUGACUCCAGCUCAUCAUUAUCCUGACUUUCGCUUUAAAAAUUACGCUCCCUUGGCUUUCCGUUACUUUAGGGAGCUCUUUGGGAUUAAACCAGAUGAUUAUUUGUACUCAAUUUGUAAAGAACCUCUGAUCGAGCUGUCAAACCCCGGAGCAAGUAGUUCAUGGUUUUACUUAACCAGUGAUGACGAGUUUAUCAUAAAGACCGUGCAGCACAAAGAAGCUGAAUUUCUACAGAAGCUGCUUCCAGGUUACUACAUGAAUCUGAAUCAGAACCCGAGGACCCUCUUACCGAAGUUUUACGGGCUGUACUGUAUCCAGUGUGGCGGCGUUAAUAUCCGACUGGUGGUGAUGAACAACGUUCUGCCUCGCUCUUUAAAAAUGCACUACAAAUAUGAUCUAAAAGGCUCCACUUACAAACGCAGAGCGUCACGGAAGGAGCGCGCCAAACCCUCCCCGACCUUCAAAGAUCUGGACUUCCAGGAGAUGCACGAAGGUCUUUACUUUGAUGCAGACACGUACAACGCCUUGAUGAAGACGCUUCAGAGAGAUUGUCGCGUGCUGGAAAGCUUUAAAAUAAUGGACUACAGUUUGCUGCUGGGCAUCCAUGUUCUGGACAGGAAGAAGAUGAGGGGGAGAGGCGGCAUAGGGGACAGUAAGCGUCAGGGUGGACAGAAGGUCCUGUACUCAACAGCACGCGAGUCAAUUCAAGGAGACGGAAAAGUAGCCGAGUUUCUUCCCGACACCGAUGACGACACAUUGGGCGGCAUCCCUGCUAAACACAAAGACGAGAAGUUGCUGAUCUUUUUGGGGAUCAUUGAUAUCCUGCAGUCCUACAGAUUUAUAAAGAAGGUUGAGCACUCAUGGAAGGCUCUUGUGCAUGAUGGUGACACAGUAUCUGUCCACAGACCUAAUUUCUACGCUGACAGAUUCCUGAAGUUCAUGGGCACCACAGUAUUUAAAAAGAUUCACCCUCUCCGUGGUGCGUCCUCGAGAAAGAAGAAAAACUCUAUCCAGUGUAGGUCGGCCUCACAGGAAGUUCUGUCGACUGUAAAAGAAGAGAGUCAAGACGAGAGGAGGGCACAAAGCCUCGAAAACCUCGAUGAUACAGCAGAAACGUGCUCCUCUCAGAAACCUGAUGUCAUUCCCAGCUCCACCAGACUCAACCCAGCGAUUUCAGCCGCCACUAUAUCUUCAGCUUCCUCUCUAGAUGAUGUGAGACUUGAACCGCAAACAGAUUCGGAAAACAGAGAUGAUCGUAGGACGUCCAGUUCGACUCUUGCAAUGGAGGAUAGCACUUUUCCAGCUUCAAACUCACAGGCCAGCACGCCCGAGUCAGGUCUGGACGUCUACUUGUGAUGCGUGAGGCCUUCUGAAGGGGACCAGAUCGUCCAAACAUACAUAAGAGUGAGAAACAGCGGACGUGCUGUCUCACCCGCCACAAUUUUGCACAACGGAUAUCUCUAGCUGCUAAUACUGAGACUGAGAAAGGCCUUACGUUUGAGAGAAUGGCAGAGCGAUUGCCACACUAUAGUACUGCAGUGCCUUACGCUGUCUGUGCACUUUGUACCUACUUGCAACCACAAGUUUGUUGUAUAAUUAUAGUUACACUCCCUUUAGACCAGUGUGCUACAAGUUUCUCAUAAACACACUGGUUGGUGUGCAUCUUAAAGGCGUGAUACCUGAUUAACAGCAUGUGUCAUACAAAGAAAUAGAUUUAUUAUAUCAUAAUCAUGGUAUAAUUGUGAGCACUCCUGACUUGUAUUGUGUGAGUAAUGAUUUCAUUCAUCAGAUCAUUACGGUACAGUGACCAGUACCAGAAGUUAGUAACCUUCGCAGUAGUAAACAGGGAUUGAAUGUUAUGUUUGGUCAUGUGAUUUUGACACACAAUCAGCAUAAUGUAAUGACAGGGAGGCGGCGUGGAUGUUAUAAUGGUAAAUGUUACUUUGUGUAAAGAUUUACAUGGGUUUAGAUGUUAAAAAAACGUAAAUCUUUAGAGACUUUUUAUAAAACGUAUUUAAAUGUAUUUUGAUUGGAGUAAUAUAUGAAUUAAAUGUGCUUUUAUGUAGAAUGUUAUGAUGCUAUUAAAUGCUGUAUCCUCAUAAGAACUUCUCUACUUUUUCGGUUAUGAAUGAGCAUCGCAUGAAUACAUAGCAAUCAAUAUAAUAUGCCUCAAGAAAAUGUUUAUUUUAAGUUAUUUUAAUGUUUAUUCAUGAUUAUUAAACGCACAUUAUGAUUGCAGAUAUAAUGUGUCUCACU